AUUGUUAUACCUACUAAAUAAGCAUGAAAAUUAAAAUUUGUUUUCUGCUUUUAUUUUUCCAGUCGUUUGAUUUUUGUUUUGGUUCAGAUAAUGCAACAUAUCAAGAAUCCAAAAAAUCUCGGGUACGUCGUAUUGUGGGUGGCUACCCGGCAAAAAUGCCGCCCUAUGACGAUCCUUUGGUGUUUAUAAAUUUUGCAGGAAGAUUUGCCAAAGUGAGGGGAGUGUUGGACUUUCCGCAUUAUGUUUUUCGUGGAUUGCGAUUCGCUGAACCGCCCAUUAAAAAAGAAAGGUUUCAGAGGCCAAAGCAACAUUUCCUGAAAGGUGAUGUAGACGCAACUAGAUUUCCACCCCCUUGUAUUCAACCAAUUUCUGGACAAAACAGAGUCGUUGGUAGUGAAGAUUGUUUAUUCCUAAACGUUUUUACUCCUGAUUUACCUAUUGGCACUGAAGGUCUUCCUGUAGUGGUCUGGAUUCACGGGGGUGGAUUCAGAUAUGGUUCAGCUUCUCAAUAUGGAGUUAGACAUUUAGUUGGCAAGCGGCUAAUAGUUGUUACCAUACAGUACAGAUUAGGUUCCUUGGGAUUUUUAAGUACGCAGUCAGCAGAACUGCCCGGAAAUGCAGGAUUUUGGGAUAUGGUAAUGGCGGUAAGAUGGGUUCGAAAUUACAUAGGAUAUUUUGGGGGAAAUCCUUACAAUAUUGUUGUAAUGGGACAUGGAUCAGGAGCAAGCAGUGCAAUGUUAAUGGCACUGAACAAAGUAGCGAAAGGAUACGCAAAUGGAGUUAUAGCCUUAUCAGGAACAGCAGUUUCUAACUGGGCAAUGGAUGAUGAUCCCAAUGGGGUGGCAAGGGAACUUGCUGAGACUCAAGGUUGUCCCACCACCUCAGCAUUAGCAAUGAUUAAAUGUUUGCAGAGUAUACCAGCUCAAAAUAUAAUUAAUGCUGAUUCUCAAAUACAAAUGCAACGAGUAAAUUCGCGAGGAUUUAUGGGAGCAAUGUCAAGAUCACUUGGGGCUUCUCCAGUUGUAGAAGGCGUACACGAUGGAAGGUCUCUACCCAGUGGCGUUGAACACGAACCCUUCAAGCAAAUGUCCGAAGGAAAUAUACCAAAUAUUCCUUUAUUUACCGGAGUCACCAAAGAAGAAACCAAACGUGCCGUUAACAGCGUUUUUAAAGAUGAAGUUCUACAAUCACUACAAACGAAAUCCGAAUUUUUGAAUAAGGUACUUAUUCAAGAACUUCAGUCGUUUACUGCGAUAGGAAAGGAGUCUAUAAUUGGGUCUCAGAAUGGUCUCUGGAAAACUUUGGAUUCGUUUAAGUUUGGAAAAUACAUUGACGUUGCCAAAAAUAAUGUUGUUGAAGCUUUUGGAAAAAUUACCGAAGCAACAGCGGACGCUUUGUUCAACUUACCGGCCUUCCUUUCUGUGAAUUUGUGGUCGAAAAGUAAAGCUCCUACUUUUUUAUAUUCCUUCGAUCACAUUCCAAAAGUCAGUAAAGCGCAUUAUUUUCUAGCUGGCCUGCCUUUUGUUGGAAAUAACAGUGCUCAAGAACGUUCAGCAAGUCACGGCGAAGAUUUGGCCUUCUUAUUUGACGCGUAUACCCUCGAAGGAGAACCGUUAGAUUUAAAUGGAGACUUCACAGAAGAAGAUAUGCAAGUACGAAACGUUUUCGUGGAGGCCAUAGCCAGUUUUGCGAAACACAAAAAAAUCUCCUUUGAAAACAAAGAUCUGCCAAGUUUUUCAAGUUCUAACAAUAAUUUUUUCCAAAUAAGUUCUGCUCCGAAAAUCGAAAGCAAUUUUCGAUUUUGCCAAAUGGGUCUUUGGGCUGGUUUAGCCGAUAGAUUACAAGAUGCUCAGUGCAAGGUAUUCAACAUUUUGGAUAGUGAACUGAAAAAUUAUCAAAAACAACUUUUCGACGUAGCCGGCGUACCUCAAAAAAAUCUUCCAAAGGUUCCUAAUGUCGGAAUUGGCGGAUUAACAUCGCAUAUAGGGCAAAACUUGGGAGGGAUUUUUGGAAAAAAAUAAAA